AUGGGCUCCCUCGCAGACUACUCGGUGCCACAAGAGGCCAAGGCAGCCUUCAUCGCUGGAAUCUUGGAAAACCCGCUCAUGAAGGACAUUCCGAGCGAUCUCAAAUCUCUCGGGCAUCAUGUCAAAUUCGAGGGCACCAGCAGGCCCAGUAUCCCCGUCAAUUGGAAAUUCGCGGAAAGCAUUGCUGCAUUGAAGGCGUAUGAGGCGACACUGGUCAAUCGGUUGAUUAUGAAAAAGUACAAUGCUCAACCAGCAGAAGUCACUAUCGACACCGAUCAUGCAGCAUUAUUCUUCUUCUCGCCCCUGAUUGCCUCUUUGAUCGGAGACGACGGCAAAAAGACCCCGAUGGCGGUCGCGGGUUUCUUGCCCGAGGUGAUGAAGAUGUUCCCCAAUACAGAUCUCCAUAGAUGCUCUGCGAGCCUUCAUAGACAACUUGCGACCAACAUCUACAAGACUAAGGACGGAAAAUGCUACCAGAUGCACUCUGGCAUUAACCCCGACCCAAUCCUCAAGACCCUCGGCAUGCCAGCCGACGGCGAGCCGAUCGACACGUACGACGCUGUGGUCGAGCGCUUUGCGAAGGUCGUUGCGCAGUACAAUUGGAAGGAACUCGACGAGCUCCUUAACGAGAAGAAUAAGCAUGAGGGGUCCAUUGCGUGGUCAUCUCAGGAGUACUUUGCCAGCGAGCAAGGCAAAGCGGUCGCACAUGUUGGGCUCUACGAGAUCGUCAACGGGAACAACACGUCUCACACGGGAACGUGGUGGCCUGAGAAUUACAAUCUUCCCUCAUCACCGAAGAGGCCUCUCGCAGGCCUCAAGGUCGUCGACUUAUCCCGCAUCAUCGCAGGGCCCGCAGUCUCCCGCGGCCUCGCUGAGCUCGGGGCUAGUGUGAUGCGCGUUACGUCCCCCUGCGUUACCGACAUGUCCGUCCUCCACCAGGAUCUCAACUGGGGCAAGUGGAACUGCCACUUGGAUCUCAAUAGUGUGGCGGACAAGGAGAAGCUGAGGGCCCUCAUUCGAGAUGCAGACGUAGUCGUUGACGGCUACCGCCCCGGUGUGAUGCAAAAGCACGGUUUCGGUCGAGAGGACAUCUUCGACAUGGUUAAGGACCGCACUCGGGGAAUCAUCCAUCUCCGCGAGAACUGCUACGGGUGGCACGGUCCUUGGAAGAGUCGUGGUGGGUGGCAACAAGUUAGCGACGCGUGCUGCGGCGUUUCUUCUGCUUAUGGUCGGGCUAUGGGCCAUGAUGAGGCUGUGGUGCCAGCUUUCCCCGUGGCUGACUACGGUGCUAGCAUUUGUGGCAGUGUUGGUGUUCUGGACGCCUUGAUGAGACGGGCGGAGAGGGGAGGAAGCUAUGGCGUUGAUGUUGCGUUGAACUAUUACACUCAGUGGCUUAUCCGCUCUUGCGGUGAGUAUCCGGAGCCAGUAUGGAAGGAGCUGUGGAAGCGCCAUGGUUCACCAGUAUACAGGCAUUAUCAUGCUAUGCCGUAUACGGUGCCAGCCGUGGGGAAGCUUCUUUACCAACAUGAUAUGGACACCCUCUUCCAAGAACAUUUCUUAGAGCCGCGGAGGUCGAAUGCUGUUGACGGAACUUUCAUGGUGGUCAAGCCUGUUGCCCAGUACGCCGACAAAGCUGUCGACUUGAAAUUCAACGUUGGCACGAGAGGCAACGGUGUUGAUCAGCCAAUCUGGCCUGCUGAUCUCUCUGUCGAAGUUGUCAAGAAUUAG